AUGAGAACAUGGGUGAAAUUUGUGGUGUCCAUGGGGGCGCCCGCCGGUGCAAUUCUCCUCGUCCUCUUCUCUGCCAUCGCUGUCUGCCGUCACCGCCGGCGCCAGAAGCCCUCCCCCUCCGACGCCUACGACAACAAGCCCCCGCUUAACGCAAAGCCCACCAGGUUGACCCUGAAGGAGGGCAUAUUCCGCCUCCGCCUCUCCUUGCGGUCCGAAGCCACCGGCCUCGGCUUCCAAAGCACCCACCGAAACCACCGCCACCACCAUGACGGCCACCUGCGCCGGCCACGCUCCGAUUUCAGCUGGGCAGACCAGCCCCAUCUCGCUGCCGAUGCGGCGGCGUGCGGCUGGUCUCGGUUCGUCUUCCUGGACCGCGACGAGCCACCGACCCGGCGGGGAUCCCUCCUGAGCUCCUGCGUGGCCUGCGAAGUCGGCCGGUCUAACCCGGCGGCGGCGGCGGAUUGUGAGAUGCCCGUGGGAUCGUCGGAAUUCAUGCAGACUGUCAGGAUCUAUCCCCACGGCAACGGCUCCGGAUUCAGCGGCAUCAGGAUGAACCUCCCUCUUCCAGGGCCCCAACUAGGCGACGAUUCGGCGUUCUUCCCGGCGGAAGCCUACUUUGAGAUCAUCAUCCUCCACCUGCAGCCGUUGUCGCGGCGGCGCCACCAACUCCGGAGGAUCGCACAGCGCAAGGGCAGCUGCGGCGACGGCGAUCGGCGGAAGCUCAUCCACGAUAACCCGGCCGCGGUCCUCAUCGACGAAUCCUCACAAGGCGACGCUGACAGCAUUAGUCCGGUCCAAGAACAGGAAGAAGAAGAAGCCGAGGUGGUCGUCUGCCUAGGCCUCACGGAGGGGGGCGGACCGCCGGACAGCCCCCCUGGGAGCUACCCUGGCUCGAUCGGAUUCAACUCCAGAGGUUGCGUCAACCUCGACGGUAACCAACCCAAAAUCAUAUCAUCUUUCGUCAGCGAUUAUCUAUUCACCUGAUUGUCAAUAAAGAUCGCAACUUUCCUAACAAUGGCGCCCGCAGGGAUCAAUCUGGUGUCCGAGUCGGAGAAGAAGACGCAGUGGGGGGCCGUCAACAGGAUCAUAGGCUGCGGGUUCAACCCAAGAAAGAAGACCGUCUUCUUCACCGUGGACUCCCUCCUCCUCCACGUCGUCCGCUGCAACUCCGACGCGUUCCGCUGCCCCCUCUACCCGGCCAUGGCGGCCAACGUCGAUGUGGUCGCGUCGGUCAACCUCGGCCAGCGCCCCUUCAAAUACGCCCCCGCGAACGCCCGCCGCCUCCCAGCGAAGCCCGCCUUGGCCUCCCCGCUACCUUCUGAGCCCUCUCCCCGCAUUGGGUACGACGAUAGCGGGGAGCUCUUCUCCAUGGCGAGGAUACAAGACUCGCUGUGGCUCCCCGGCUCGAGGAAGAGAACCCCGUUGAGCGGCAGCCGACGAACCGCCGCCGGCGACGAGGAGGAAGCCAGGUGGGACUGCAGCGGCGACGCCGAGUCGGAUCUCUUUGAGAUCUCUCUGACCAAAUGA